UGACACCGGCCGUCCAGGCAGAUCCCCACAGAGCAGCCUCGACUGCCGUGUUCUCUGAUCCCGCUGCUCUCCCUCUCGCGUCUCCGACGCCGAAGUCUUUCUAAUCACUGCCCCGGGAGCAACGUUCCUCCGUGGCCGCUGGAAGCCGCCGAAUCAAGUCCAGGAUGCAGCUCUAAUAAAAGAAAUCCUGCAAGACUGGAAGGAAACAAACAGGAAACAACAAUCAGCACGGAAGCCUGGUGGAGGGUAGAAGACACCCAUCGGUCCAUCAAAACACAGACUUCUCAGCAUGCUAGCCAUGCUGUAGCACAUAAAGGAAAGGCGUGGAGAUCUCUGGAGAAACACCAGCUGCCUUUUAUUAAACACUCCAAAGUCCCAAACCCACACAUCCUCCUCUCAUCCGUCACUCACCAACCCCUGCAAAGAUGCCGAUGCCAAGGUUGAUGCUGUGGCACUUGUGGUGACGGGGCACAGAGUGUGUGUGCACACAUCCGGCAGGCAGGCCGGCGGGUCGCUGGGUGUACAGGCACACCAAGAGGCUAUUUCGGGGUGGCCGUGGUAAAAACCAUGCGGCCCUGGGCAGGUUCAUGGCGCUGGAUUACCCUGGUGCUGUUGGCCUGGGGCACACUCCUCUUCUACAUCGGUGGUCACUUGGUGAGGGACAGCGAGCACCCGGAGCGGUCCAGCCGGGAGCUCUCCAAGAUCCUGGCAAAGCUAGAACGGCUCAAGCAGCAGAAUGAAGACCUGCGGCGCAUGGCCGAAUCGCUCAGGAUACCGGAGGGUCAGGCAGAAGCAGGUUCCCUGGCCGUCGGAAGACUGCGUUCCUUGGAAGACCAGCUAACCAGAGCCAAACAGAAGAUCCACAGCUUCCAGAAACUCACUGGAGACGGCCCCGGGCCCACUCAGGAGGAGCUGCGGAGAAGGGUGGAGAAUGGCGUUAAGGAGUUCUGGUACUUCGUUCGCAGCGAGGUGAAGAAAUUGGCCAGCGUCGAGGCCGGAGAGAGACAAAAGUAUGCGGACACACUUCUUCAAGACCUGGGACAUCAGGAGAGGUCCAUCAUGACAGACUUGUACUACCUCAGCCAGGCGGACGGCGUGGGCGAGUGGAGAGUGAAGGAGGCUAAGGACCUGUCGGACCUGGUCCAGAACAGAAUCACCUACCUACAGAACCCCCCAGACUGCAGUAAGGCGAGAAAGCUGGUGUGUAACAUCAAUAAGGGCUGUGGUUAUGGCUGCCAGCUCCACCACGUCGUCUACUGCUUCAUGAUCGCUUAUGGCACCCAGCGCACGCUCAUCCUCGAGUCCCACAACUGGCGCUACGCCCCCGGUGGCUGGGAGACCGUCUUUCUGCCCGUCAGCAACACCUGCACCGACCGCUCUGGGGCCACCACCGGACACUGGUCAGGAGAAGCCCACGAUAAGGACGUGCAGGUCGUGGAGUUGCCGAUCGUGGACAGCCUCCACCCUCGGCCUCCGUACCUGCCCCUAGCCAUCCCAGAGGACCUGGCCCCGCGUCUGCAGCGUCUCCACGGCGACCCGUCCGUUUGGUGGGUGUCCCAGUUUGUCAAGUACCUGGUGCGUCCUCAGGCUUGGCUGGAGAAGGAGAUCCAGCAAACCACUGCCAAGCUGGGCUUCAAACAUCCCAUCAUCGGGGUCCACGUGAGGAGGACAGACAAGGUGGGGACAGAGGCGGCGUUCCAUCCAAUCGAGGAGUACAUGCUGCACGUGGAGGAGCAGUUUCAGCACCUGGCCCGACGCGUCCACAUCGACAAGAAACGAGUUUACCUGGCGACCGACGACCCAUCCCUGCUGCAGGAAGCUAAGACGAAGUAUCCAGACUACGAGUUCAUCAGCGAUAACUCCAUCUCGUGGUCGGCCGGUCUUCACAACCGCUACACCGAGAACUCGCUGAGAGGAGUCAUCCUGGACAUCCACUUCCUGUCGCAGACCGACUUCCUGGUGUGCACUUUCUCCUCACAGGUCUGCCGCGUCGCCUAUGAGAUCAUGCAGACGCUGCAUCCGGACGCCUCCUCCUUCUUCUACUCCCUGGACGACAUCUACUACUUCGGCGGCCAGAACGCCCACAACCAGAUCGCCGUCUAUCCCCACCAGCCGCGCAACAGCGAGGACAUCCCCCUGGAGCCCGGCGACGUGAUCGGCGUGGCCGGCAACCACUGGGACGGAUACUCCAAAGGCAUCAACCGCAAACUGGGGCGCACCGGCCUCUACCCGUCCUACAAGGUGAAGGAGAAAAUCGAGACCGUCAAGUACCCGAUGUAUCCCGAGGCCGACAAGCUGCUCAACUCUCAAAAGAAGUAAAAAAAAAAAAAGAGAGAGAGAAAAAAAAGUAGAAGAAGAAGAAAAAAAAUAUAAAGCAAGAGAAGGAGUGAGGAGGAAUACGCAGACUCCGUUUCCAGGGAAGGAGGCGGCUUUUGUACAGAAGAGAGAGAGAGAGAAUGAGAGAAUGAGAGACAUACUUAGUGCGCUAAGCUGAGGAGAAGAAGAAGAAGAAGAAGAAGAAGAAGAAGCCUGUAACGCAGGGGUGAGAGGAGCAAGAAUGCAGAGAGAGAGUGUGUGUGUGUGUGUGUGUGUGUGUGUGUGUGUGUGUGUGUGUGUGUGUGUGCACUUGUGUAAAAUGCCUGUGCAAUAUGUCAGGUCAUGGAAGACUUUUGCACCCCUACGCCACUAAACCCCCCCCUCCCCCACCAGCCACCUGACGCGGGCCUUGUAGAGACGUAGACGUGAGAAAACAUUGAUUUUACGUAAA